CUCGAAGGCAAUGGAUGUUGGAUGAUCACUGUAGGUGUCUGCUGUACUGCACCAUACAUAAGUGACCCCAGCAAUGCUUUAAUGAGAAAUAGUGACAGACCUUUAGCUUAAGAUAUGUGCAGGUUUUGGACUGCAAAUUUGGACAAAUCCAGACGAGAACCUCUCUAUUUCUCUCCGACUGUUCAGAGCAAUUUGUCACAUUGAUUUUGCAAACUAUGGAAGAAACCAUCUCUACAACAGCAGAAAAGAGGUGUGCGGUUGUUACAGGAGCUAAUAAAGGAAUAGGACUAGAGAUAUGUCGUCAGCUCGCUAUUAAUGGUAUCACCGUUAUACUAACCGCAAGAGAUGAGACCAGGGGAACUCGAUCUGUUGAAGCUCUUAAAGGGUCAGGACUUGCUGGUGUGAUUUUUCAUCAGCUUGAUGUAAACGAUGCAACUAGUGUUACUUCAUUGGCUGGUUUCAUCAGAACUCGAUACGGGAAACUUGACAUCUUGGUAAACAAUGCAGGGGACAACGGAGUAAGACUACAAAUUACUGAGGAGGCUAUGAAAGACAUGAACUUUCGAUAUGGUGAUGAGAAUGAUGAGAUUGCCAAGUUGUUGGAGGAAUCCAUUGAGGAGACAUACGAGAGGGCAAAACAAUCCAUAGAAACAAAUUACUAUGGAACCAUAAGAAUAACUGAAGCACUGCUUCCACUUCUUCAACUCUCCAAUUCAGCAAGAAUUGUGAAUGUUUCCUCCGUAUAUGGUCAACUAAAGUUUAUCUCGAGUGAGACGAUUCAAGAGGAGCUAAGAAAUGUUGAUUGCUUAACGGUAGAGAAACUGGACGAGCUUAUGCAGAAGUUCUUAAAGGAUUUUAAGGAUGGGAUGUUGGAGACUAAUGGAUGGCCUGUAUUAGUUUCUGCGUAUAAAGUCUCGAAAGCUGCUAUCAAUGCCUACACUCGAAUUCUUGCGAGGAAGUUCCCAACUUUUCGUGUUAAUGUUGUUCAUCCUGGUUUGGUUAAAACAGAUAUUGCAUUCCAACAAGGUAACUUAACACCGGAUGAAGGAGCUAAAGCACCGGUUAUGGUGGCAUUGUUGCCUUCUGAUGGCCCUUCUGGUUUCUACUUUGACCAGAUGGAGAUUUCAACCUUUUGAGUUAAAAACGGUUUGUGAACACAUAAAUCACGAAGCCAUCCACGUGUUCACAAACCAUAUGCGCAUACAUCCUAAUUCUAGAAUUGUACGUCGUAUGCAUAAAGGGGAUAAUUAUGUCGAUUCAUCGACUCGAAGCCUUCGGGCUUGUCAUUGUCUAGUCGAGUAUUAUCGUAAAUAAUGUUCGAAUAAAGGAAUAAACCAAGAAUCAAGUAUAAAUGUUAAGCAUAUGAAGUUUAAGGCUGAAUGUAAGGUGCUGAAAUAUAAAUAAGACAGAUUUACGUGGUUCGGCA